AUGCCAUCUCAGAGUCAUGGACAGCCUUGUUUUUCUGUCUCAGGUCCCUGGGGAAGGUGUGGAGGUGACUGCGGGACGGGAGGAACCCAGAGUCGAGCGGUAUGGUGCUUUCACAUGGAAGGGUGGACCAGUCCCUUGUCUGACUGUGAUGAGAGCAGUCGACCUCCGAAGGAAAGAAGCUGUUUUCGAGUCUGUGACUGGCACAGCGACCUGUUCCAGUGGGAAGUUUCCGACUGGCACCGCUGCCUGCUGGUUCCUGAGGUCCAGGGAGAGGCCAGGCCUCGAGGUGCAGAGUGCAUGACCGCCCAGCACGGCCUGCAGCACCGGACUGUGCGCUGUUUGCAGAAGUUCAACAGAACCAUGGUGGCCAGUGAGAUCUGCGAAAACUUUGCCCCACAGCCCCCGACAGAGCAGGCCUGCCUCAUCCCGUGUCCCCGGGAUUGUGUUGUAUCUGAGUUCUCCCCGUGGUCCAAGUGUAGCAAAGGAUGUGGGAAGACGUUGCAGUACAGAACUCGCGUGGCCAUCGCGCCCCCUCUCUAUGGAGGUCUCCAGUGUCCUAAUCUUACAGAGUCAAGGGCCUGCGAGGCUCCGGUUUCCUGUCCUCUUGGGAAAGAGGAAUAUUCAUUCAGCCUUAAAGUGGGACCAUGGAGCAAAUGUAGACUCCCUCACCUUAAAGAAAUCAACCUCAGUGAAAGAACACUUCAGGAUUUUAGCUCUGAUUCAAAUGAGCAAGUGACCCUUAGACAUCAAAGCUACAAAGCGCAUCACCAUUCCCAACCAAGAGAUGUGGAGAUAGGUUUUCAAACCAGGCAGGUGUGGUGCACAAGAAGCGAUGGAAGAAACGCCCUUUUAAGCCUUUGCAUGCAAGAUUCUUUCCCACUGACUGUUCAGCCUUGUGUGAUGCCAAAAGACUGUGAGACUUCAGAGUGGUCCUCCUGGAGUCCCUGCUCCAAGACCUGCCGUUCUGGGAAUCUCUCACCGGGAGUCAGGAGCAGGAGCCGAAAUGUGAAGCACAUUGCUAUUGGGGGUGGGCAGGAAUGCCCAGAACUUCUGGAGAAAGAGGCCUGCAUUAUUGAAGGGGAAUUUCUGCAGCCAUGUCCCAGGUAUUCCUGGAGAACCUCUGAAUGGAAUGGAUGCCACGUCUCUUUUCUCCUGGAGCAACAGGAUCUCCUCUGGCAUGAGACAGGAACAGUAUGCGGUGGUGGGAUACAGACCCGGGAGGUGUACUGUGCUCAGAGCCUACCAGCAGCCAUGGCAUCGAGGGCCAAGGAAGUCUCUAGACCUGUGGAAAGCACAUUGUGUUUGGGACCUGCCCCCUCGACCUCUCAGCUAUGCAAUGUCCCUUGCUCAACAGACUGCAUAGUAUCUUCCUGGUCAGCCUGGGGCCCGUGCAUUCAUGAAAAUUGCCGCGAUCCUCAGGGGAAGAAAGUCUUUAGAAUGAGACAGCGUCAUGUACUUAUGGAAUCUACAGGACCUGUGGGGCACUGUCCUCAUCUGGUAGAAUCUGUGCCUUGCGAGGAUCCAGUGUGCCAUCGAUGGCUGGCUUCAGAAGGGAUCUGUAUCCCUGAUCAUGGAAAAUGUGGCCUGGGACAUCGAAUCCUGAAAGCCACCUGUCAGGAUGAGCAAGGAGAUGAAGUAUCAGGGAGUCUCUGCCCAGUGCCACCUCCUCCUGAAAGGAUGGCUUGUGAAAUUCCAUGCCGAAUGGACUGUGUGGUUAGCGAGUGGACAGUGUGGUCAGCCUGCUCCCAGUCCUGUUCAAAUAAAAACUCAGAUGGGAAACAGACCAGGUCAAGAUCUAUCCUGGCCUUGGCUGGAGAAGGUGGAAAACCUUGUCCUCCUAGUCAGGCACUCCAAGAGUACCGGUUAUGCAACGACCAUUCCUGUACACAGCUCUACUGGGAGACAUCACCUUGGGGGCCCUGUUCUGAAAACACACUCAUGACUUCUCUUAAUGCAACCAUUGGUUGGAAUGGAGAAGCAACAUGUGGAGUGGGCAUUCAGACACGGAAGAUCUUCUGUGUCAAGAGUCAUGUGGGACAAGUAAUAGCCAAAAGAUGUCCAGAGGCUACAAGGCCUGAAACUGUGAGGCCCUGUUUCCUCCCAUGCAAGAAAGACUGCGUUGUGACUGCUUUCAGUGAGUGGACACCCUGCCCAAGGCUGUGUCAGCCAGGAAAUGCCACAAUAAAACAGUCUCGAUACAGGAUUAUCAUCCAGGUGGCAGCCAAUGGAGGUCAGGAGUGUCCAGAUACCUUAUUUGAAGAGAGAGAGUGUGAAGACAUCUCACUGUGUCCUACAUAUCGGUGGAAACCACAGAAAUGGAGCCCUUGUAUCUUAGUUCCAGAGUCCGUCAAGCAGGGGAUAACAGGCACCAGCGAGUCAUGUGGGAAGGGGCUACAAACGAGAGCUGUCUUGUGCAUCUCUAAUGACAAUCAGUCAGCAGAAAUGACGGAGUGCCUCAAGAAGAUGAAUGGCAUGCCCACCCUUGUGCAGGAAUGCACCAUACCCUGCCGGGAAGACUGCACCUUCACCCCUUGGUCCAAGUUUACACCCUGCUCCAAGAACUGUGAAGGCACUCAGAGUAGGCGACGGCAGCUUGCAGGGAAGAGCAGAAAGAAGGAGCGGUGCCAGGACGCCCACCUGUACCCUCUGGUAGAAACAACACCGUGUCCUUGCGAUGAGUUUGUGUCUCAGCCCUACGGAAAUUGGUCUGAUUGCAUUCUUCCCGAAGGCAAACGGGAGCCUCAGAGAGGACUUCGGGUACAAGGAGAAGACAAAGACUGUGGAGAAGGUGUGCGCCUUCGAGCCGUAGCGUGCUCUGAUAAAAAUGGAAGACCGGUUGACCCCUCGAACUGCGGCAGCUCUGGUUAUAUUCAAGAAGAAUGUGUUAUCCCCUGCCCGUUUGAUUGCAAGUUAAGUGACUGGUCUAGCUGGGGUUCUUGCAGUUCAUCCUGUGGGAUUGGAGUGAGAAUUCGAUCCAAAUGGCUAAAAGAAAAACCUUACAAUGGAGGUCGACCGUGUCCCAAACUGGAUCUCAAGAAUCAGGCUCAGGUUCAUGAGGCAAUCCCUUGUUACAGUGAAUGCAAUCAAUAUUCCUGGGUUGUAGAACACUGGUCUUCAUGCAAAAUCAACAAUGAGCUGAGGUCUCCACGCUGUGGAAGAGGAACACAAUCUAGAAGAAUCAGGUGUGUAAAUGCUGCUGACAGUGAAGGAGGAGCAGUGGACAGGAGCCUGUGUAACCAGGAUGACUCUCCCCCAGAAACCCAGGCCUGUUCCCUCCUGUGUCCCAAUGAGUGUGUCAUGUCUGAGUGGGGAACAUGGAGCAGAUGCCCACAGUCAUGUGACCCCCAUGCCAUGCAAAGAAGAGUUCGACAUCUGCUGAGGCCCCCACUGAAUUCAAGACCUUGUGGGGAAGACUCACAAGUGCGGCCUUGUCUCCUUAAUGAAAACUGUUUCCAGUUCCAGUACAAUCUAACAGAAUGGAGCACUUGCCAACUGAGUGAAAAUGCUUCCUGUGGCCAGGGCGUCAGGACCCGCCUACUCAGCUGUGUACGCAGUGAUGGCAAGCCAGUCAGCAUGGAGCACUGUGAGCAGCGUAAUCUGGAAAAGCCCCAGAGAAUGAGCAUUCCCUGUUUAGUGGAAUGUGUGGUCAACUGUCAGCUCUCAGGGUGGACAACGUGGACAGAGUGUUCACAAACCUGUGGCCAAGGAGGUCGAAUGAGCCGGACUCGAUUUAUCAUUAUGCCAACCCAAGGAGAAGGACGGCGAUGCCCCACAGAGCUCACCCAGCAGAAACCCUGCCCAGUGACUCCCUGCUAUAGCUGGGUCCUUGGCAACUGGUCAUCAUGCAAGCUGGAGGGUGGAGACUGUGGCAACGGAGUCCAGAUGCGCAGCUUUUCCUGUGUGGUCCAUGAUGGAUCAGUCUCCCACACAGCUGUCCGUGUGGAGGAUGCCCUGUGUGGAGAAAUUCCCUUCCAGGACAACAUCCUGAAGCAGCCGUGCUCUGUGCCUUGCCCAGGAGACUGCCACAUAACCCCAUGGUCAGAGUGGAGCAAGUGUGAAUUAACCUGCAUUGAUGGACGAAGCUUCGAGACCACAGGCCGCCAAUCAAGGUCAAGAACAUUUAUAAUUCAGUCUUUUGAGAACCAAGACAGCUGCCCCCAACAGGUUCUAGAAACACGCCCCUGUACAGGCGGCAGAUGUUAUCACUACAUAUGGAAAGCAAGUCUCUGGAACAACAAUGAACGAACAGUGUGGUGCCAGCGCUCAGAUGGCCUUAAUGUCACAGGAGGCUGCUCCCCUCAGGCACGCCCUGCUGCUAUUCGGCAAUGCAUUCCAGCUUGCAGAAAACCUUUCUCCUACUGCACACAGGGAGGAGUCUGUGGAUGUGAGAAGGGAUACACAGAGAUCAUGAGAUCGAAUGGCUUCCUGGAUUACUGCAUGAAAGUACCCAGCUCAGAGGAUAAAAAAGCUGAUGUGAAAAAUCUUUCUGGGAAAAACAGACCUGUGAAUUCAAAAAUACAUGAUAUUUUUAAAGGAUGGUCUCUUCAACCUCUUGAUCCAGAUGGCCACGUGAAAAUGUGGGUUUAUGGCGUUUCAGGUGGAAGUUUUCUUAUCAUGAUUUUCCUCGUAUUUACUUCCUAUCUUGUUUGCAAGAAGCCAAAACCACAUCAAAGCACACCUCGCCAUCAGAAGCCACUGACGUUGGCCUACGAUGGAGACUUGGACAUGUAACCUGAAAAGGGAAUCCAAAUGUAGACAUCAACUCAGCUGCCUUAACCGCCUUCUCUUUUGUAGCUCUCAGACUUCUCAGUUCUUUGAGGAAUCUCAUGGUGUGAUACCUUGGGCAGAAUACAAUUAUUGCAAAAGUAAUAGUGUCCCAACUUCAUGUGGAUGUGGAGUCAAGGACUACUGGGCCCGCCAUUAUGUUCUCAAGUUGUUUGUGGGUGUGCGUGUUUUACAUUUUUGGUUUUCCCAAGAGGCCUAAUAACCCUUCUCUUCUUGUUUGGAAAUGAGAGGAAGAAAACAUGAAAAAAUUCCCACAGACUUGAGUAAACUUGAUCUUCAGCCGCAUAUUGACAAUCCGGAGGAAAGUCCAGUCGAAGCAUUUGUUGUAAAUGGCGAGUCUGACACUGUAUUGUUAUGCACUAUAUUAGUGCAGAGUCCUUAUUCCCAUACUUCAACAUGAGUUUUCUAGAGUUUACAUUGAUUCAAAGACUUUCAGAUUGGAUUGCCUAUUUUCAUGAACACAGAGAGAAUGGGUUACCAUUUCAGAAGUUCUCUGAGUUUUUACCUUUAAAUACUGUAUUUUAUUUUCUAGCCAUGGGAUGAUGGCACUUUGUGGAUUGCAUCUGUUGAAGUAGAAGUGUGUGCAUAACUGCUGGACUAGGGGAAAAUGGGUGGUUUCUGAAUGAAAUGUGUACUGAGUGUUACAAAUGAAAUAGGUGGUUACACUGGAGAAUGAGGUAGACUAUUUGAUUACUAAAAUUGUAUUUUAACAAAAACGUAGCUGCAUAGAUAUAGCAUUAACCACACACAGUUGUAAUUCAGUUUAAUGAUGAUGAAACUAUGCUUUUGUAAUUUCAAUUUUCUUAUCUGAAUAUUUAUAAAUUCUUUUUUUGAAUUUAAUUAUCUUACCUCAUUUAAUAUACAUUGAAACACCAAUCCUGUUUGUAGCAAGUCUUGUUUUUAUAAGGUUUCAAUAAUAUCUAACACAACACAUUAAAGAACUGAGACCAUUUUUGAGAUAAUUGUUUGUAAUCCUGGAUGUUGGAAG